CCAGACUAUUGAAGACACUGCCUCUCUUGAGGCCAUGGUGGUGGAGCAUUAUAAGAAUCUUUUCAAUUCUCAUGAACCAAUGCCCUCCCAGGAUGUCUAUGAGAGUUUCUUAAAUGCCAUCCCUCCUCUUCUUUUUCCUGAACAUAAUGAUUUGCUUAUGAGACUUCCAGAAGAAGAAGAGAUUAGAAACAUUCUUUGGGAGAUGGAUAGUGACUCUGCAGCAGGUCCAGAUGGUUUCAACUGCAGGUUUUUCAAAGCAUGUUGGGAUUUUGUUAAGAGGGAUGUCACCUCAGCUUGCCAAGAAGUCUUUUUGGGCAUUCCUCUUCCUCCUGCAGCUGCCAGUUCCAAUAUCUGCCUUUUGCCUAAAGUGGAGAAUGCUCAAAGACUCAAUGAUUUCAGGCCUAUUUGCCUUUCUACAGUGGCUUCUAAAAUUUCUUCCAAAUGCAUCUCCAAGAGGCUGGGUACCCUCCUGCCCCUAAUUAUUUCAGAAGAGCAGGGUGCCUAUGUACCUGGUAGGGAAAUUCUGGAUCAAAUUUUAAUUACCAAGGAGAUGGUUCAUCACAUCAACAAAAAAGCCAAUGGAGGUAAUCUUAUCAUCAAGCUUGAUAUGGCUAAAGCUUUUGAUAAACUGAAAUGGUCGUAUUUGUUUGACAUUCUCCAACAGUUUGGCUUUUGUGCACAGUUCAUUAAUAUGGUUAAAAAUCUACUUAGCUCUUCUAAGUAUUCUGUUUUAUUUAAUGGAAAACCAUGUAGUUAUUUUGGCCAAUCCAGAGGCAUUAAGCAAGGCGACCCACUUUCUCCCCUUCUUUUUAUAAUUGCUAAUGAAGGCUUCUCAAGGAACCUCAAGAAGCUCUUCUCACUGGGCAGAAUUGGCCAUUUCAAUUGUGGUACUAAAAGCAUACCUAUUACUCACCUCUCCUAUGCUGAUGAUAUUAUUACCUUCUCCUCUGGACAUGCCAGAUCCAUCUUGAAUUUGAGAAGAGAUCCUGGAGGACUACCAACUGGUUUCUGGGCAGACUAUUAACUACCAAAAAAGCAGCUUUGUGGUUGGGAAGAAGGCUAACAUUAUACUGAUUAACAAACUGCAACAGGCACUUAAUAUGCCUUUUAAGGCCUUACCUUUCACCUAUCUUGGAGUUCCAAUUGAUCUUGGAAUCACUAGGAGUGUUCAUUGUGCUCAUAUUAUCCAUUCCUUUGAUAAGAAACUUAAUGGAUGGUU